ACUGGAAGUAUAUAUAAGUACAGAUUCUACGCUACCUCAUCACUUCCUUUUGAUUUGCUGCCUCUAGUCUUCUUCUCUCUCUAUCUCUCUCUUCAUCUUUUACAGAUUCGGAUCUCACCUCACGGUUGACCUAAUUUCGUUUUCAAUUUAUUGUUUACCCGACCGCAGUUUUAGACUGAAUUUGGUGUGUUUUUGGGAGCGAUGGCGUUAACUGUGAAGCAAUCUGGGUUGGCUGUGGCUGUUCUAGGGUUGAUGUCGUUUGUAUUUGGGGUUAUUGCGGAGAAUAAGAAGCCUGCGGCGGGAACCUCCGUGCCGGGAAAGGGCGUCGUGAUCUGCCGAUAUCCGUCCGACCCGACCGUCGCCUACGGAUACCUCUCCGUCGCAUUCCUCAUCGCCUGCACCGUCGCCGGCUGGUUCUCUCUGUUCUACCCCUACAAAGGCAAGUCAAUCCCGCAGGGCGUGCUGUUCCAAAGCCGAACCUUCGCUACCUUCUUCGCCAUCGCCGUGGGCACGACGGGGCUUGCGUUGGCGUUCUUGCUGUGGCCGACGGUGACGGAGCAGCUCCACCACAUGAACAACGUCCACCACGACUUGGAGACGGAUUGCCCGACAGCGAAAACCGGCGUUUUGGGGGGCGGGGCGUUUGUGUCGCUCGAUUCUUGCCUGUUCUGGCUCGUCGCGCUGAUGCUCGCCAACAAUGCCCGCGAGGAUUACUUUGGCGAAACUGGCGACGGGAAGGACAGGGUCGAGGCUUAUGGCAUUGUCGCUUGAUCGAAUGAUUGAUCGCUCGGUGAAAUUGUCUUGUUGGGACAAGGUUAAGCUCCUUCGACAUAAAUAUAUACAAUUUAUGCACUGGAAUAAUGAAUGUAAACUAUAUACUUAUGUCAAAAACCGAAAA